AGUACUGCUCUACUGUAGAUUACGGAAUUUUAAUGAAACAAUAUUUUACGUGUUCGAAAAAAUGAGAUAUUUAUUAAAUUUCUACUGUUUGUAAACAUUUGUAAAUAUGUACAGUGCUUCUCGCAUGUUUAACGUUUUAUAUAGUAAAGAAACUUUAAAAUGUUUUGGACAGAACUUGAUAACUACUACAGACAUUCGAUCCAAUUCGAUCUGACAGUUUGUUUAAUGUACACGUCAUAACUAUCGUGGAUAUUAAAGGACGAAUAAAAAUAUUUAUUAAAAAAUAUGGAACCGUUGUAUCAUCAGACGAACAAAUUGGUUCAGGAAACUCAACACCUUUUCUCACAGCUUGAGAAAACAUCGCCUAACCUAGACAUCAAGGAAAUAGAAAACACCAUAGAAUCAAAAAUAGAUCUCAUCAACAGUAAUUGCGAAAGGUUAGAUGUACUCUGCCUGAAAGGUCCUAUAUUUCAAAGGCAAAAUGCUAAGAUGCGAGUAGACCAAUUAAAAUAUGACAGUCGUCACCUUACCGCUGCUUUAAAUUCCUGGCGGCACAAAAUUAUGAGAAAGCAGAGAGAAGAAGCUGAAAGAGAGGCCUUAUUAUCUACAACAUUCACUCCUAAUGAUCAUGUUGAUAUUAUGAUAGAUCACAAUGCCCAACACAACUCUAGUUUGAGAAAUGCACUUUAUGGAGUUGACGACCUUCUUCAAAGCGGAAGUAAUAUAUUAGAUAAUUUAAGAACACAACGAAUAUCUUUAAAAGGGGCUCAUAAGCGAUUGAUAGAUAUCGGAAAUACAUUAGGGCUUUCAAACACUACAAUGAGACUAAUUGAGAAACGAGCAAGGCAAGAUGGAUUUAUUUUAGUUGGGGGGAUGGUAUUCACAUGUAUUGUUAUAGUUUUAGUUAUAAUUUAUCUUACAUAGAAGCAAAUUCCUCUAUUUUUAAAUAUACACAAGGUGAUGUAAUUACCAGUAAAAUAAUUAAGGUGUCUCUCUUGCAUGUGUAACAAACUAUUACCUUCUUUAAAGCUAUAUAGAAUAAAAUUACCCUGCAGGAGAGAUAUUCAAAGUAUUUGAACUAUUAAAUAAUAUGUAAUGCUUCAUGCUUGCAAACUUUGUGAAAUUGAAGUUUACAACAGUUAUGUAUUGUAAGCUGAAAGAAAUUUGUACAUAAUAAAAUAUAAAGAAUAUAUUCACAUACAUUUAAUCAAGAAUUUUUUCCAUUAUUCGCCGUACUUAUGUAUUUAUACGAUUUAUUAAUAUAUAAUUUUAAUAAAAACUGACACGUUUUGAGCGCACUCUGUAAAGCUAACAUUCUAUCUGCAAGGCAAACACCAUGUGUUCUUUCACAUUUUAUAUAUUAGACAUAACAAAUUAAGAAAUGAUAAUUAUAUACUUCUAAAGUUUGUAGUAUCUAAUACAAACGUGGUCAAUAUUUUAAAAAUUAAUAUUGUGUAUUGCAUUAUUUUAUAGUUCCAACGAAAGGAAUAGACAGGAUCUUAUUUUUGAUUCUAUAAAAAUAAGUGUUUAUCAUACAUCUCAAAUUCAAUAGUGAACAUUUGUACAUUCACUGCAAAUUUCAGUUACAAAAUAUCUGUGUAG